UCAUGCGAAAAUUGAUCGUCAUGGAUGUCCAACGAGAUCUUAACUACCAGUUCGGUUGGAACCGUUACAUAAUGAAGUACAUGGGUAUCUGGCCGAAAGAGAGGAAAUGGAACCGGCUUUCGAGUUACGUCGUCCUGUUACCAUCCCUCAUGAUGCUGUGUUUCGUGUGUGCUCCACAAACCGCCAAUUUGCCGUUCAUAGUACACGAUUUGAAUCUGAUGGUCGAGAAUUUAGCGAUGGGUAACAUAACCGUCUCGAUUGCGUUCGUGAAGACCAUAAUUUUUUGGGCAAAAAGCGAACCAAUGACGUCUCUACUGAAGUGCAUGGCCAAGGACUGGGCAACGGUGGAAACGAGAACCGGACGAGAAACAAUGAUGAACGUCGCGAAGAUCAGCAGAAAGACUACGAUAGGGUGCUUAAUGCUGUGCCAACUCGUAGUCAUCUCUUACAUGUUCUUACGAUUAUCUACCUUGAAACAGAGCGACAACAAACUGGUCUAUCGUAGCUACUUCCCCUAUAAUGCAAGCGUCAGCCCAAACUACGAACUGACAAUGAUUGGUCAAGUUAUAGGAGGUUCGUACGGAGCAUUGAGUUAUAUAUGCGUGGACACGUUUAUCGUUAUGCUGGUCUUGCACGCUUGCGGACAGUUUUCAAUUCUGAAGGAGGACUUGAGGAACAUUCAUUCGAGUGAUAGAGAAGAUUUUCAAGCGAAAUUGAAGAAAAUUGUUGAGAAGCACAAUUAUAUUAUUGGGUUCGCAGAAACAGUAGAAAAUUGUUUCAACGUAAUGCUUCUGAUUCAAAUGCUCGGUUUCAGCGUUCAACUAUGCUUCCAGUCUUUUCGAGCGAUCACGUCAUUUGAGGACAAAGCAGGGCGAUUUACGAUAAUCCAAAUCAUAUUCCAAAUCAAUCUCAUUAUCUAUAUAGCUUGUGAGAUGGUGCAAUUAUACCUGUAUUGUUACGUGGGCGAAAGACUUAUGAUGGAGAGUACGGAUAUAGCUAACACAGCGUACAAUUGCGAAUGGUACAGUCUACCUCCAAAAGACGCAAGACUACUCAUAAUUAUCAUGUGUCGAGCUAGAGCAUCACCGCUGAAACUUACAGCAGGCAAAUUUUGCUGGUUUACUGUGCUGUUAUAUUCCCAGGUCCUGAAAACCACAAUGUCGUACAUUUCUGUAUUACACGCAGCGAAAAGUUAAUAAAGCAACGAUUCC